CACACGAGAGUAGUUCGAUAAUAAGAGAUCAGGGGGUCGGGACUGAUAAAGGUUGAUAAUGAGCCCCGACUCGGCGUAACUAGUCAGUUCCUUCGGUGUCGCACGCAAAUAAACUACAAUCUUUCUCGCCUUGAACGAACGGGUUGAAUGUCUCAGAAAUCGAUUUAAAUAGCGAUAUAAUGUGACUAACAUCAUCCACAAUUGGUCAUAAAUAUGAACGGUGAUGGGAAUUGUCAUACUAGGAAGUAUGGAUACGCGUUUAAUAACAUGGUGAUCGUGCCAUCACCCGGAUCCAUAUGGGAUUAUCCGUAUCUGAACCAGGUCACCAGCAUGAUGGGCCUGGUGUAUGGAACGAGAUCAAAGCCCGAGCAAGAUUUAUUUCCUUCCAAGAUUCGGAUUCCAGAGAUACAUAUGGAAAGUCCAUCGAAGUUCGAGUUGACGAAGACGGAGGUUCAAAUCGCGGAUGAAACGGAAUUAGGCGAGGUAAAAGUGAUGCCGUUAACGAGCAACGUGGCGACUUCGACGCCUGUGCAACCAGGAAGCAUUCCUUGCAAGAACGGUGGAUGCAAGAGUUGGGCAAGUCGGGCAGAAUCACGGAUGGAAAGCCCGUGGCAUUUUCUCAAGACCAUCUUUCUCAUCUCUGUGAUCGUUGCUUUGAUCCUGUGGGUAAUCGUUUACACAUUCCUCGUCCAGUACCAAAUCUUGUGAAGAAUUCGACGAGUCGCGUGAAACUGUUGAAGUUACAGUCGAGAAACUUGGAUGAUUUAUGCUCUUCCGUUUCGAAGGGAACGUCUUUGUUCAUACAUACGGCUGGAAAGAAAGGAACACGGAUAAAAAUGAUUUCGAAAUUCGAGAGAGAAGAUCGAAAAGAAUUAGAAAGAAAAAUGGAAAAAUUUUGUUCGAAAAUGAUUCGGUGGAUGUCUUUGGUUGAUGUUCGAUGACGUUUCAUUGAAUUUCCCAUUUUCCAUCCGUCCUUGAACGAAACAAUAAAUGAUUCUAUGCUCAAAAAAUCGUGGAUCGUGAAUGUUUGUCGAAGAAUUGGCUAGUUCGUCGAGUGUGAAUGGAAAUAUGAGAAAAAAAUUACUUACCUGUAUUGUUUUGUGGACAGAAAGUUUUUAGAAAUUAGCAGAGAGUUUGAAUCUCGGGAUUGCAUAAAGUUCUCUUCUAUUUGCACGAUUGCCCCAACUUUCAUCGGUCCAACGACUAUGAAAUUCCCGGUGUUGAGACAUUUGAAACAGAAAAAAAUUGAAGAUAUUUUUGUAAGAUCGUACAAAAGGCGCUAUUCGCAAGAAUAAAAUUAUAACGAGAAUGGUACCUGUAAUAUUCGUUCGUAAAAUUGGAUAUUCCUUUGUGACGAAAUUCUUGUCACAAAAAUCAUGAUUGUAUUACACUAAUUAUAUAUAUAUAUAUAUUUCUAUUUAUAAUAUUAUAUAUAAUUUGUUAUUAAUAUAUUCUAUUUGAUAGAAGGUAUUCGAAUAUUUAGUAUUAAUAAUUAUUUUUUUUUUUUUUACCAAGUAUUUGUACAAAAGCGAUUAAAUAAACUGAAUAAACUUUGA